CGAGGCGCCGCUCGGCCCGGCGGGAUGGCCGCGGCGGCGGCGGCGGCGCUGGCGCUGGGCGGGGGGCUGCUCCUGGCCGCCUGGCGCUGGCUGCGGGGCGCGGCCGGGGCUGCGGCCACGGCCGGCGCCUCCAUGCGGGGCAAGACGGUGAUCAUCACGGGGGCCAACAGUGGGCUGGGCCGGGCGGCGGCGGCCGAGCUGCUGCGGAUGCGGGCCCGCGUCAUCAUGGGCUGCCGCGACCGGGCGCGGGCCGAGCGGGCGGCCCGCGAGAUCCGGGCCGAGCUGGGCGAGCGGGCGGAGGCCGAGGGCGGCGGCGGCGAGCUGGUGGUGCGGGAGCUGGACCUGGCCUCGCUGCGCUCCGUCCGCGCCUUCUGCCACCGCGUCCUCCAGGAAGAGCCAAGGCUGGAUGUUCUGAUAAAUAAUGCAGGGAUAUUCCAGUGUCCAUACAUGAAGACAGAGGAUGGUUUUGAGAUGCAAUUUGGUGUAAACCACUUGGGUCACUUCUUGCUCACCAACCUUCUUCUGGGCCUCCUCAAAAAUUCUGCUCCAAGCAGGAUUGUGAUAGUAUCCUCAAAGCUUUACAAAUACGGAGAGAUCAACUUUGAAGACCUGAACAGUGAAAUAAGUUAUAAUAAAAGCUUUUGUUACAGUCGGAGUAAACUGGCUAACAUAUUAUUUGCAAGGGAGCUAGCCCGCCGGUUAGAAGGAACAGGAGUCACCGUCAAUUCACUUCAUCCUGGGAUUGUUAGAACAAAUCUAGGCAGAUAUGUGAAUAUUCCUUUCCUGGCAAAACCGCUAUUCAACUUGGUGUCUUGGGCUUUCUUCAAAACGCCUCUGGAAGGAGCCCAGACUUCUAUUUAUUUGGCCUCUUCUCCUGAUGUUGAAGGUGUAUCAGGAAAAUAUUUUGGGGACUGCAAAGAGGAGGAACUCCUGCCCAAAGCCACGGAUGAUUUGGUUGCAAGAAAGCUGUGGGAUAUCAGUGAAGUGAUGGUUGGCUUAUUGAAAUAAGUGCCAGGGAAAAAGAGAAUGCAGGUAACUGUGCAACACAUAUUUGCAAUUGUAAUUCUCACUUUAAAUGCUGUGGGCAUACAGAUUACUUUGCUCAGUAAGUAUUGAGUAGAGGAGUGAUUUAUGCUGGAAAUCUGUUUUGAAAUAAAAGACAAUCUGUAAUAGACAAAGGCAUUCAAAAAAAGUCUGAAAUAGAGUUUGAGGGUGUGAAUAUAAUUUCUGGUUAAAUCUGCUUGGAAACUCAUGUUUUACAAAUAAACAAAACUGUGUUUUGAAAUA